CCGGCAUUGGCCGGUACUUCCGGCGCGGCACGCCUCUACCGGUCGCCUGCAGAGCGGACGGAGUGCGGUACGCGAGCCCAGCCCGCCUCCCAGCACUUGCUGCGGGCGCGGCUACACUAUGGAGCGCCUUGAUAAAGCGGCGCUGAAUGCGCUGCAGCCGCCCGACUUCAGAAAUGAAAGUUCAUUAGCAUCUACCCUGAAGACGCUCCUGUUCUUCACAGCUCUAAUGAUCACUGUACCUAUUGGGUUAUAUUUCACGACUAAAUCUUAUGUUUUUGAAGGCGCCUUUGGAAUGUCCAAUAGGGACAGCUAUUUUUACGCUGCUAUUGUUGCGGUGGUCGCCGUCCACGUGGUGUUGGCCCUCUUUGUUUAUGUGGCCUGGAAUGAAGGCUCACGACAGUGGCGUGAAGGCAAACAGGAUUAAAUUGAACAUCACCUUUUGAUAGCAUUAAAUUGAUUUUUAAAAAUGGUAAAUGUGUCUGGGAUAUUGAUGAUUUCAAUAAAGUUGAGAACAUGUUAAAAUCAAUCUGAAGGAGUCACAUUUGACUAGUGUAAAUUUUGAUCCUUCUAAUACAAUGAUUUGUAUCAUCAGUUUUAACUGUAUGAGCCUCUCAUUUGCAAAUGAGCAUUUGGAAAAGUUAAGUUGGUCACAAAUAAGUAUGUUAACUUAGUUACACAUUCUGGGAAGAAUUUGAUUGGCUCAUAACCAAAAAUGUUUUACAGCAUUUUGUCUUUUGCUUGGUUUUAAGGUUUACUUGUCUGGAUAUGUUAAGAUGUACACAGUGAAGGAAAUCUAAACUGUUUUUCACUGGAACGCUUUCCUUACUAUCAUAUGAAAGUCCUGGGUCAUUGGGUUUUAGGUUGUAAAUUCCUGUGCAAAAUUGCUUGAAUUAUGGAUUUUGGACUUCAUCUAAAUGUCACUGAGAGAUUUUGCGUAAAGUGUAAUCCCUAGUCAAUAGGAAUCUUUUUCAUUACAUUAUUUCAUGGGAAGACUAGGCUGAAUCACACCCAUUCGUGUAAAAAGACUGGUUUAUUGAAGGAUCUAGGUAGCAAAGCAAAGAGGUAGCUACCUGGGCACUCAGCCUUUGCAGGCUACCCUGUGCUUUUA